CGCAAGUUGCACUUCAACAUAGCGAUUCCUGGAAGACACUAGUCUUUCAGCAGCGCUAUUAAAAAACAAAACUCAAUAUAUAAUAUAUAACUCUUUCUUUCUUUCACUUCUGUGCUUUAAUUCUUAUUUCAAAAUGAAAUCCAUGAUCGUUGUAGCUUGCUUGGCGCUGGCGUGCGGAGCCCAUGCUUCUGGAUGGACCGGUCCUCCAGCCAACAUUGCGCUGUCUCAAGAUGGCCGCAACAUCUUAGACACACCCGAAGUUGCUCAAGCUCGGUCAGCCCACUACGCCGCCCUUCAAAAAGCCGCCCAAAACAACCCCAACCCUCAAGAUGAUGGCUCAUACGAUCCCCGCUGGAACAACGAACAGUACUGGCAGGGUGGUGAACAAAAAUGGAACGGUGCUCAAGCUCAACAGUGGAACGAUAACUCCGGACAAUGGAACGACAACUCUGGUCAAUGGAACGACAACUCUGGCCAAUGGAACAAUGACGCUCACCAGUGGAACGACAACUCUGGUCAAUGGAACGACAACUCCGGUCAAUGGAACGCUGCCCCCGCUGCUCCCGCAUGGAACGCUGCCGGACACGCCCCAGCACCCGUCGCUGAGACCCCUGAAGUAGCACAGGCCCGUGCCGCCCACCUUGCCGCUCUCUCUGCCGCCAAUAGCGCACCCAACAACAACGGACAGUGGAACGCCCCCGCUCACAACCAGUGGAACGCUCCCGCUCAAAACCAAUGGAACGCCCCCGCUCAAAACAAGUGGAACGGUUCUCCUUCCUGGCAGGGACCUCCCGCUCAAAUCAGACUUGCCCAAAACGGCGCUGGUAUCCUUGAGACCCCUGAGGUUGCUGCUGCGCGCGCUGCUCACUUAGCGGCCCACUCACAAGUUGCCCACGCUGCUCCCGCUCACCCCCAGCAGCACUGGUGAUUCGUUUCCCUUCUAUUCUUUCCGGGUAACUAAACUUCUCUGGGGUGUCACGCUCUCAGAGAAUGCGAGUAAGUGACAUCCUAGAGACACUUUUAGUUCCUCUUUCUCCUUCGA